UGGACGAGCAAAGUCAGGGUGAAAGGACACUGGUAGGAGACCUGGUUGCCGACACCCCUGGUACAUGCUACUUGAAGCGCUUUCGCGAUGCGAAUUUCGAGACGUUAAUGGACGUUUGGAUGCACACAUUUUGUGAAACUGUCAUCAACUCUUCCUGAAGAGGAAAUGGGGAUUACCGCAUCAUGUUGCCCUGCGAAAUGCGCAAUAACCACACCCAAAGAUUGGAAGCAGGAGCGACUAGAUCGAAUACCGAAUGCUUGUUUGCCCUUAAAAAUCUCAAAUUAUAUAUUGGUAGUAUUUCCUUUGUCUUCCGUCGAAACUAUUAAGAAUCUACUCAACUCGUCCAUUUCCACAGAAACAAUAUUCUAUACCCACAUGUUUUGGUAAUUCCCAACAUUCACGACCUACCAUCUUUCGCCUCAAUCAUCAGUCACGUCUAAGUACUUACCUCGUCUCCGAAAUGCGUCAACAUAUCAUUCUCUCCUGUUGCUUUGUUGCAUCCAUAUCGAUCGUUUCAGGAAGAAUGAUGGGGUGUAAGGCUGGAUCUCAGCCCGGAAAAGCUAUCUACACCAUCACCAACGAUCAGGCCAACUCUGUAAUUGCCAUUCCGAUAUCCAGUAAUGGCAUGCUUGCGAAGGGAGCAACAUUCUCAACUGGCGGAUCCGGCUCGAAUUUUCUUGAUGGCACAUCAAACGAGCCAGCUGCUCCUGAUGCUUUAGCAUCUCAGUCGGCACUUACUAUUGCAGGCAACAGCUUAUUUGCCGUCAAUGCUGGCUCGAAUACGGUCACGAUGUUCACAAUCGACCCGUCGAAUCCCACGAGGCUCACCAUGAUGGGUCGACCAGUUUCCGUUCCAGGCCAAUUCCCGAACACGAUAGCGGCAUCAAUGAAACACAAUAUUGUCUGCGUUGGUUGUUCCGGGGCACAAUCUGGAGUCUCUUGCGCUAGAUUUUCUACAUAUGGACUGGAAUCCAUGGAUACUCUUCGCCCCGUUGGACUUAGCCAGACUACUCCCCCCGUUGGACCGACCAACACCAUAUCUCAAGUCUUCUUCUCCAACGACCAGGGUUACCUGUUUACUACGGUCAAAGGUGAUCCGUCUCAGAACAAGACAGGAUUCCUUGGCGCGUACAAGGUUAAUAGCGAAGGUUUAGUUGAGCAGAGUGGACCGCAAUCGUCGCCCAACGGUACUGCAGUUUUGUUUGGUUCAUCAACGAUUCCCAAGAGCAACAACCUCUUUGUCACUGAUGCGUCUUUUGGUGGGGCGGUUUUGUCCUUUGACUCGAAGACAAGUACUGCUUCUGUGAAGGGUAUGGGCGUUAUUAGCGGACAGAAAGCAACCUGUUGGGUCGCAGUUUCUUCGGCAACUGGCAGCGCAUUUGUUACUGAUGUUGGUACUAACAGGUUGGUCGAAAUGUCGCUAAAUGAUGCAAGCAUCAAAGGCAUCCUCGAUCUCAGCGCCAAUGGUGAUCCAGGCUUGACUGACCUGAGGGCUUCUGGACGCUUUGUGUAUGCGUUGAGUCCAGGAAACGGAACAACACAGUCUGCAAUUACUGUGGUUGACGCCGUCGCCAAGAAACAAGUCCAACAUUUUGCACUUGGAGAGCUCGGCGUUGGUAAAAGUGCUCAAGGCAUGGCGGUCAUGUUGUAACUCAAACACCUUUUAUGUCAUUUUGUAUUUAGUAAUUGAUCUGUUGUUUUGAUCGCAUUUUGAUUCAUAUAGCUAUCUAGAAAGGUUUUCGC